AUGAUUAAAAGCCUUAACACAGAAGACACACUGGAAAACUCCGGUUUAACGGACGAAGAAAAACUGCUGUUCAGUAACGCACGACCAAAAGCUUAUGAACCGUAUCCGAUCAAAGCGGUAGAAGAUUUUGCCAACUGGGCGCGCGCCAACUCAUUAUGGAUACUUGCAUUUGGCACCGGCUGCGGUGCGAUUGAACUACGCCCAUUAAUGACAGCACGUUUUGACGCAAACCGUUUUGGUGUCGCUGGCCGCCCUACACCAAGGCAGUCAUCCGUUUUUGUCAUCGGUGGUUAUGCCUCU